UUUAUGGUGACUACCGCAGCCCGCGUUGGCAAAGGAAGCUUCUUCUCUAUUGCAACUUGGGCGCAGAGGGUCGACAGGGGAACAUGGCCGAAGGAGGGCCGGGUAAAGGCGGCGGGGAGGACCGGACCGCCAAGUCCAGUGUCCGGGGCGAGGGGCACGAGGAGCGGGGACGAGCGCAGAUCCUGGCCGGGACUGGAUUCUGCAAGUGGUUCAACGUCCGCAUGGGCUUUGGAUUUAUCUCCAUGACCAGCAGCGAAGGCAGCCCCGUGGACCCCCCCAUGGAUGUUUUCGUCCACCAAAGUAAGCUGGUGAUGGAGGGCUUCCGCAGCCUGAAGGAGGGCGAGCCGCUGGAGUUCUCCUAUAAGAAGUCCUCCAAAGGUCUGGAGUCUCUGCGGGUGACGGGCCCCGGGGGAGGGCCGUGCUCGGGCAGCGAGAGGAGGCCCAAAGGAAAGAUGCCCGUGCACAAGCGCAAACCAAAGGGAGACCGCUGUUAUAACUGUGGAGGUCUGGACCACCACGCCAAGGAGUGUGGCCUGCCCCCUCAGCCAAAGAAAUGCCACUACUGCCAGAGCAUCACGCACAUGGUGGCCCAGUGCCCGCACAAGGCUCUGGCGCCCCCCUCAGGCUCUCAGGACCCACAACACGCGUCUACCUCGGCCUCCAGCUCGGGCACAGGGAGCGGGGCGUACCUGUGUGCCCCGGACGAGGAGGAGGGCGGGCGGGCCGGCUCGGGCUCCUCUCCUCUGGAGGGCUCCUCUUCGUCCCCAGAGGAGGCGCACUCGCAAAGAGCCCCGCGGUCCCAGCGCUGGAGGAAAUCCUGA